UUAAUAUUAAACGUACGAGGCCCAAUAUAUACCAUAGUUUUUCAUUCGUUGUCUCGACCCAACCAGCGGGAAUCCCAACCAGCGAGGCGGGGAACUCCAGCGGCAGAAGAGUGAGGCGUCGUCUACUUGCCAGCGGAGGAAGGAAAAAAGUAAGCGAUUAUUCAACCACAAACGGCUUUCAACAGAAAAUCUUUCGACAGCUGUUUUACAACUCCGUCCCAAACAGACCUUUAAGUGAAGCAAACCCUAAUCCAAAGCGCCGAGUGAGCCUAAAGGCAAGUAUAAGAAGCCAAGGAAGUCGAAGAACAAAUGAUGAGGGAGCUUCAUGUUUCACUGAAUCAAACGCAGAAGGUGAGGUUGCAAGCUGCAUUCCAACAUCUCUCUGAUAUUGGUUCCCAAGCCUCGUCCGGCCUCCUAGUCUCCGUUUCAGACACCAUCCCGGUUAACAAUGAAGAUGGCAUUCUCAAGGGGCAUGGGACUUCAGAGCAUGAUGGCCAAGUGGUGGCUACACUUUGUGGUGUUGUUGAAAGAGUGAACAAGCUGGUUUAUGUUAGAGCAUUAAGGGCCAGGUACAAGCCAGAGGUUGGAGACAUUAUUGUUGGAAGGGUCAUUGAGAUUGCUCCAAAACGCUGGAAACUUGAGAUUAACUUCAGUCAGGAUGCGGUUUUGAUGCUUCAAUCAAUGAACUUACCAGAUGGUAUCCAGAGACGGAGAACUGUUGUUGAUGAACUCAACAUGCGUACCAUUUUUGAGGAGAAUGAUGUUAUUUGUGCUGAAGUACGUGGUUUCCAGCAUGAUGGAAGUUUACACUUGCAGGCAAGGAGUCAGAAGUAUGGAAAGCUUGAAAGGGGGCAACUCCUCAGAGUUCCAGCAUAUUUGGUGAAGCGUCGCAAGCAGCAUUUCCAUGAUCUUGAACAGUACGGCGUUGAUUUGAUACUUGGUUGCAAUGGAUUCAUUUGGGUAGGCGAGCACGUCGUACCAGCCGAUAACGAAAUGGUGGAAGAUCAAGAAAGCACGCUGAAAGACAAAGAGCAGAGUUACACUCCACUUGAAAUCCGACAAAAUAUUUGCCGGAUUGCCAAUUCUGUCCGUUUGAUCUCAGCCCUGGGCUUCGCCAUAUCUGUGGAUGCUAUUAUAGACACAGCUGAAGCAAGCAAGUCUUCAAAUAUAGACAUAAAGGACAUGCUUGGUGCAGAGUUUUAUGUGCAGACUGCUGAAAGAGAGGUGCAGAAGAGGAUUUCUCUUUUGAAGAAGAAGAGGGGUUGAUUUACGCUAUGAGAAUUUCUUUUAUGAAUCAUUUUUUUCUGUUAGUUUGGGGCCAGACUUACAAAUGGGGGCAUCAUUGUAAUAUUAGUAUCACAAAAUUAAUGAAGUCUUUUUUUUUUUUUUUUGUCUGAGAGUUGUAUUAACCUGUUGUUCUAAUCUUUUCU